UAAUUAAUACAGAAAAGUUUUUUAAAAGUGGGUGAGAUCGGGAUUUCAGGGCAAAAACGGGCGGGAUGGCGUGAUUAAUAGGAAAAAAUGGGCGGGAAAGCGGGAUCUGAGAUCCCUACUGUGGACCCUCCUACCCUGCUACGAUCAGAGGAUGCAAGUUACCGCUAUUUUAAGUGUAUUUCGCUGUCUCUCUGCUACCCUUUGGUGCAAGUCGCCAACCAAAUUUACACCUACUUGAACGACUAUUACACCUACUUGUACGACCACUACACCUGCUUGUACGACUACCACACCUGCUUGUACGACUACUACUCCUAUUUGUAUCUACUACUACUACUUACGAUCUACUGGUUUUCGCUAUUUCUUCAGUCGCUACGUAUUGUGAACUAGAUCUAUGGGCUUGAUCUGUCAUUAGAUCAGUUUGAAUUUACCAAGUGGAGUUCGAAUAUCUCGCACCGCGCUACCCUGUAGUUGUUUAAGAUUUGAGUAAGAAGCAACCUCUAGAAUCUUUACAAUUACACCCUCUUUAUUGUUUUCAUGCCCGGAGACACUUUUAACUUGUAUUGGUUUACGUAAUUACCUUGACUAAGGCAAGACUGACCAGGAGGACGCGGACUUGUUAUUAAUGAGGAAUUUUGUUUUAAAGAGGAUAAAUGUCGCGCGACGUGUCACUGGAACUGCGCAAGAACAUGAGAGAAAACAUGGAGAGGAAAUCACUGACGAAGGAUGGUACAAAACAAUCAAACUAAACGCCUAUUAUAGUCUUGGAUAUAACUAUUUUAUCGAUAGCAAUUACAAGAAGGCUUUCGAGUACUACGAGCGUUGCCUUAGUAUUUCCAAGGAUGUCGGGGACAAAGAAGGGCAAGGACAUGCAUAUUUUCAUCUUGGUCAAGUUGCUUUCUCUCUCGGUGAUCACAGAACAGCCAUGGAGUACCACCAGCAAUGUCUUAGUAUUGCUAAGGAUGUCGGAAAUAAAAGAACCCAAAGUGGUGCAUGUAUUUGUCUUGGUAAAUUUUGUUCCUCUCUCGGUGAUUUGAGGACAGCCAUGGAGUACCACCAGCAAUCUCUUAGUAUUGCCGAGGAUGUUGGAGACAAAGAAGCAAAAGGGCACGCAUAUAUGAGUAUUGGUGGCGUUUAUUUGGCUCUCGGUGAUUUCAACAAAGCCAUGCAGUACUACCAGAAGUCUCUUAGUAUUGCCAAGGAGCUUGGAGUUUACUGUUGUCAAGGACCACUAUAUGGUGAUCUUGGUAACGUUUAUUGUAGUCUCGGCGAUUUGGAGACAGCCAUAGAGUACUUCCAGAAAUUUCUUCGCAUCGCCGAGGAUACUGGAAAAAAAGAAUGUCAAGUAACGGCAUAUCUCAGCCUUGGCUUGUCUUACAAAGCUCUCGAUGAUUUGCGCAAAGCGGAAGAUUGCGUUAAAUCCUGUGUAGAAAUAUUUGAUAACUCCAGAAACCUUCUUCAAUCGCAAGACGACUGGAAAAUAGGCCUUCGGAAUAGGCUUAAGUAUAGACAUGCUUACUAUGCAUUAUGGGUCAUUCAAUUAAACCGAAACAAGAUUACUGAAGCUCUCUCUUCAGCCGAGCGGGGACGUGCGCAAGCCCUAAUGGAUCUGAUGAGAUCACGAUAUCAAUUGGAAUUGGCUCCGUCCUCACCGUCAGCCGAGAACACUGAAGUAAUCUCUGACAUUUUAAGCUACGUUUCAUCGAACACGAUUUUUCUAGCAAUUGGCAAAAUCUCAGUCAAUUUCUGGAUGCUACAGAAAGGAUGUAAAGAAAUUCAUUUCAGGCAAAGAAAUUUAGAUGGAAACAUUUUCCGGGAAGAUGAAAUGAUCUUUUUGCAGUCUUGGAUUGAGAAAGUUUGCAAAACACUGAGAAGUGUUGAACGCCAGGUUCGUUGCUUGGAUGGCCCAGCAGAUGACGAGUUGCCUGUUCAGAGUUCUGAAGAGACGGGAUCCUUGGACUGCGUGAAAGAAAGAAAGAAAGGCGCUUUAAAGGAACUGUAUAACAAUUGUAUUGGCCCAGUUGCAGACUUGUUGCAUGGUGAUGAAAUCACCAUCGUCCCUGAUGGUCCCUUGGCAUUGGUUCCUUUUUCCGCAGUCAUCAGCCAAGAUUCUAAGUACCUUUCUGAAACCUUCAGAAUUCGACUAAUACCUUCAUUGACCAGUUUGAAGCUGAUGGCAGAGUGCUCAGAGGGGUACCACAGUACGACUGGAGCGCUGCUUGUUGGAGACCCGUGGGUGGGUGUUGAAGUCGUCUUAGAUGGAAGAUGUACAAAACUACCACCACUCCCAUGCGCCAAAGAAGAGGUACUGAUGAUUGGGAAGAUUCUCAAUACUGAGCCUCUUACAGGAGAAAGGGCAACAAAGGCCGAAGUGUUGCGCCGGAUAAACUCGGUUGCUUUAGUACACAUUGCAGCACAUGGUCGCUCAGGAACUGGUGAUAUCAUUUUGUCUUUUUACCAGGCGUCCAGGUCGGAAGACAUUCUCUUGACGAUGCACGACAUUUUGAAUUUAAAAUUGAGAGCACGACUGGUUGUCUUGAGCUGUUGCCAUAGCGGCCGAGGAGAGGUUAAGGCUGAAGGCGUGGUUGGUAUUGCACGUGCCUUUUUAGGAGCUGGUGCUCGUGCCGUUGUCGUGACAUUGUGGGCGAUCAAUGACAAAGCAACUCAAGAAUUCAUGAAACAUUUCUAUGAACAUCUGUCUGAAGGACAAUGUGCUAGUAAGGCUCUCAAUUACGCCAUGAAACAUCUGAGAGAAUCCGACGACUUCAAUGACGUGAGUUGCUGGGCUCCAUUUGUACUUAUUGGCGAUGACGUCACAAUGGAUUUCAGCAAAAUCAGGAUGACAGCCACAGCUGAAAAAGCAUCUUCUUUUGAUUCCACUAGUGACGUUUGAGCCAUGUAAGAAAAAGCCCUCCAAGAUGUGCAAGAAGUUUAUCAUCAACUCGGAAGUUGGUUCAUCACGAAGAGGUGGCUUCUAGACGAGGUUUCCAGGAGUAUUACCUGCGUUUUUAAAUUGUUUAUAAAUAUCGUCGUUACCACGAUGAGCAUUUUAGAUUUUCAGAUAGGAAAAAAAAAAGAAAAAAAGAACCAAAAGUUUAGAUAUUUACAUUUACCUUUCAUUUUAUCGUCCAAUGGUAUUUCCCGGUAUUGGAAAUACUUUACUCAGAUAUAUAAAACUUUGUUAGAUUGUAUAAUGGUUUCAUUAAACGGCGUAGUCUUUUAAUUAGGUCAAUUAAAAGUUACGAAAAUUAUGCCAUGUUGCCAUAAGCUUGUUUCUAAAGCUGUUUUGAGAAAAAAAAAAUUGUAUACCCUCGGAGUAUCAAUAUUUUUGAAACGACUGAGCGAGUAAAAUUGCUGAUCAAGAAAAAAAUAGUUCAAAGAACAAAGUAUUCACGUAUUUUAAAUUGAAACGUCUAAAGGAGAUAAAAAUUUUCAAUACCCGAUCAAAAUUCCAACAUAUCGGAUAUGGACUUUUAUGUAUUUGCGACCAUAACAGAACACAUUUCGUAAGUUGAGAUUGGAAGGUUCUGUCGUAGCUUUUUGCAUCAGUGCCACAGAAUGUUUGAUUGAGGACAUGAUAAUUACUCAUGUACAUACUCUUGUUUUUACAUGAAAUAGUGUAUUUCUCGUCGUUAGUGAGAAAUGCAUUGAGUGUUUAUCGCAUUUACUGAAUAGUUAUGCUCAGAGAAAGAAAAAAAGAUUAAUUUGGAGCAGCUUCAUUACGACUGUCUUCAUAAAUCAAAAUUAGAGUAAUCAAGGAGGUAAACACAGUGUGGUUUCAAAUAAGACAUUUAACCAAUCAGAUGACGAUAUAACAAUAGUUAUUUUAUUUUA